CGGAGGGGGGAAAACCCGGAGGCCAUCGAGCGCAGCCGGAGAAGAGGAGGAUUCCUGCCACGGGCGGCGGCGGCGACGACGUAGGGAGCGUCGGAGCGAGGAGCCCCUUGGGCGGGGGCCACUGGGGCGUCUGGAAGAGGAGUUAAGGAGGAUCCAGCUGGGGCACCGCGUGCCCGGUCUCUGGGCUCCAGCUCGAGGCAGCUUGAAAGGCAACUUGAGUUGUAUCCUGCAAUGGCAACUCCCAACAGAGAUAGCAACAUGCAGCAGCUAGUCCCUAUAGCACCACCAGGAAAGGCUUCUGGCAGUGACACUGGGAAGGAGCUGGUUGUGGUUGAUCCUGCAGGAAAGGGCUCAGGAGGAGUAAAACUGCGAGAGGAUGAGGAGGACUUGGAGGUGAAGCUUAGGCGCAUCAUGGAGAAUGUCCCUGUUCGUGUCAGUAACACAUCAGGGUCAUCUGCUGGAUCUGGCUCUGGUGAUUUCCACCAGUAUCGGCAAAUGAGAAGGAGAGAGCAGGAUCGGCUUGCACGAAUGGAUGCUGACUACCAAAAGAGGAAAGAGUUAGCUGAGUUUGAACUGCGGAGGGAGGAGAGGCUUAAGGCAGCCGAGGAGCGGACGGCCAACAAGCGCCUGAAACGCCAAAAGAAGAAGCAGCGGAAGAAAGAGAAGCGAACUAAAACCGGUAAUGGUGGUGAAGAACCUAACAGAGUGGAAUCAUCUGAUGACGAUGAAGGUUCAGAUGAUGAUGGCGAGUCCAAGCAAUGACACGGCAGUUGCAUUUGAAGAUGCUUUUUAGACUGUCAUCAUAAAUUUGAUGGAGGGCUACUUGCUUCUUGAAGAAGGAAGCCUGUGUGUUCCUCCCUGGUUAAUCGUGGGCAAUGAACUAACAUCUGGUUUGCCUGCUGUAAUAGGCUGAGUCAAGAGGAUCUUUAUAACAUUCAGACUGAGAUGGAGAGCACUGCCUGUUAGUAUUCCUCAUUCGGGGAACUGCCUUGCAUUAGUACCUUUUGAUCAGCUAUUAUUAGUCGGAGAUGGAAAGCACUAGAUAGUUUCUUGCCUGUUGUAAUAGGUUGAGUCAAGAGAGCUGAGAUGAAGAGCACUGCUGUUAGUAUUCCUCAUUCGGGGAACUGCCUUGCAUCAGUACCUUUUGAUCACCUAUUGACAUUUUAAUCAGAGAUGGAAAGCACUAGAUAGUUUCCAGUUA